UGAACGUGCGCACAGCGCAGACACGAGGAGCCUACUUUAUCACUUUAUGUCUCUGUUCGUGUUGCGGUCAUCCGAUGCUUAAAUUUCUUGCCUUCCACAGCACUCUUCCGUAAAAAGGAUCGCUCACUUCGCUCCCGAGAUACAACUAUUGAUCUCUCUCUCUCUCUCUCUCUCUCUCUCUCUCUCUCUCUCUCUCUCUCUCUCUCUCUCUCUCUCUCUCUAUCUCUCUCUCUCUCUCCCUCCCUCCCUCUGUUCCUCGCCUCUUUUCUUUAAGUACUGCAGAGGACCUGCUACUGCAUCGCGAAGGAAGAAAGAAAGAACGAAAAAAGGGAGAAAGGAACCUGUGCGUCGACAGCGACGACCUCCGUCCCCGCCCGUGGUGGGAUACCAGAAAACACCGUGCGUGACUAGUGCAGCCUCGGAGAGAAGCGUGCGCACCUCUGACAUUUGGUCUUCGCCUACCCCCCGGUUCCGUGUAGCUAAUCGGGUGUAUUUUUGGACCUUUCAGAUGGUUGAAACCUACACCUCAUAUUUGAUUAAAGGAGGCAUAGAUCUCUUGCCCAGUGCAAAGUGAACUCCACGUUUGUCUUGAUUUGCUCAUCAGCGCCUCCUCCUGGCCUAAAUCUGAAGAACUACAGAACUUUUUGAAUAAAUAGGAGUGAUGGAGGACACGUACAGGGAGAGGACCUCGCUGACCCGGGGCGCACGCGACCUUGCUAAAGAAGCCAAACGGCACGCCGUCAAAAAGGUGAGCAAGGUCAUGGACCGCGCCUCAGACGAGCACUCGGGACGCUCCUACAGCCGCUUUGAGAACGAUGAAGACGAUGAGGGCGGUGACGAAGAGCGCUACUACUACCAGGACGGGCAGAUCCAGCAGCGCGACGAUGACGAGGAAGGCUCGAGCGAUGCCACCGAGGGCCACGACGACGAAGACGAGAUCUACGAGGGCGAAUACCAGGGCGUGCCCACCGGGGCCGGGGAGGGGCGGGGCCAGGUGGCGCUGGGGCGGCCCGUGGCGGACGCGGCGAAGGACAGGAGAGAGCUGGAGAAGGAGAAGGAGGUGGAGGAGGAGGAGUUGGCGCAGCAAUACGAGCUCAUCAUCCAGGAGUGUGGACACGGGCGUUUCCAGUGGCAGCUCUUCUUCGUGCUUGGCCUCGCGCUCAUGUCUGACGGAGUCCAGGUGUUCGUGGUUGGGUUUGUCCUACCCAGCGCUGAGACGGACAUGUGCGUGCCCAACUCUGGAGCCGGGUGGCUGGGUAGCAUUGUGUACCUGGGGAUGAUGGUGGGAGCAUUUUUCUGGGGUGGGCUGUCAGACAAGGCCGGCCGACGACAAUGUCUGCUCAUCUGCAUGUCCGUGGAUGCUUUUUUCGCCUUCCUGUCCUCCUUCGUACAGGGCUACAGCACCUUCCUCUUCUGCAGGAUGUUCUCGGGCUUCGGGAUUGGCGGGGCGGUGCCUAUCGUGUUCUCGUACUUUGCGGAGUUCCUGGCGCGGGAGAAGCGCGGCGAGCACCUGAGCUGGCUCUGCAUGUUCUGGAUGAUAGGCGGGAUCUACGCCUCUGCUAUGGCCUGGGCCAUCAUCCCUCACUACGGUUGGAGUUUCAGCAUGGGCUCUGCCUAUCAGUUCCACAGCUGGAGAGUGUUUGUGGUCGUGUGUGCGCUGCCGUCUGUCUCCGCGGUUGUUGCCCUUACCUUCAUGCCAGAGAGUCCACGAUACUACCUAGAGACAGGGAAGCAUGAUGAAGCAUGGAUGGUGCUGAAACAGAUCCACGACACCAACAUGCGUGCACGCGGGGAGCCCGAGAAAGUCUUUACUGUGAACCGUAUAAAGAUCCCUAAGCAGCUGGAUGAGUUGGUGGAGCUGCAGUCUGAGUCUGCGAACCCAGCAGCUAAAGCGUUUUUUCGUAUCCGGAGUGAACUCCGUGGAAUCUGGCUCACAUUCCUAAAGUGCUGGGAUUACCCUGUAAAGGACAACACAGUGAAGCUUGCUAUAGUGUGGUUCUCUCUGUCAUUUGGGUUCUACGGCCUGUCUGUGUGGUUCCCCGAUGUCAUAAAACACCUGCAGGCAGACGAGUAUGCAUCACGGGUGAAGAUUCACAGCACCGAACGCAUUGAGGACUUCACUUUCAACUUCACUCUGGAAAACCAGGUCCACUCCAAUGGGCUCUUCAUCAAUGACAAGUUCAUUGGUAUGAAGUUUAAGUCAGUCACCUUCAAAGACUCCACCUUCCAGAACUGCUACUUCGAGGAUGUCACUUCAGUUGGGUCCUUCUUCAAGAACUGCACCAUCAUAGACACAUUCUUCUACAAUACAGAUAUCGAUGACUCGAAAUUCUUUGGCUCAUUGGUGGUCAACAGUACGUUCACACACAAUAAGACGGGUUGCCAGAUCACGUUCGAUGAUGACUACAGCGCAUACUGGGUCUAUUUCAUCAACUUCCUCGGAACGCUGGCCGUUUUGCCGGGCAACAUAGUCUCCGCCCUCCUCAUGGACAAAGUUGGGCGGCUGAGCAUGCUGGGAGGCUCCAUGGUGUUGUCUGGUAUCAGCUGUUUCUUCCUGUGGUUCGGCACCAGUGAAUCCAUGAUGAUCGCAAUGCUGUGUCUCUAUAACGGCCUCAGUAUCUCUGCCUGGAACUCACUGGACGUAGUCACGACUGAGCUAUAUCCCACCGACAGGAGGGGCACCGGGUUUGGUUUCUGUAAUGCGAUGUGUAAGUUGGCAGCUGUGUUAGGUAACCUGAUCUUCGGCUCCCUGGUGGGAAUCACUAAAGCUAUCCCAAUCCUGCUGGCCUCCGGCGUGCUGGUUAGCGGCGGCCUCGUGGGACUACGACUCCCAGACACCCGUUCCAACGUCCUCAUGUGACGCCCACCUCUGACCCUUCACCUCGAACCACUGAGUUGCCACAGAAACGAGGACAUUCCAGGUUGGGGCAGGUGCAUCAGGCCAAGACAUCAACACAUGAAAUUGUCUUUUUAUUUCCUGAGUAAUUUACCCGGUGUUAGAUUCUCUAUGUGUUUGUUUGUUUGUUUGAUUAUGUAACUUAUUUAUUAAGUUAUAAUUGACAUUUUGAAUUUGCCUCAGUCUAGACCAAACAUAUUGAGGAUUCUUUAAAUGCCACAGAUGAAUCUUCCUUGAAUCAUAUUGAGCCAAAAUUAAGAUGUUUGAUCUCUCCUGGGCAUUUGACAACAUAAUGUAUGAAAAUGUUCUGUAAAAGUUAUUUUAACUUUUGUUUUUAUUUUAUGAUGCUUGACUGUGCACAAAAUAGACAGCCUCGUAAACCUGCGAUGGUUCCUGAGAUUUAAAAAAGAAAACAUAGAAAACAUGAAGAAUAAUAACAGCAGCUGCGUGUGUUAGCAUAGGCUAAGCCUCUGCUCGUGUCUGGUGUCCGUUCACAUUCCUAACACGGGCUGGACAGACGGCGCCUCUGUUGUUCCUUGCGUGGGUGAUCUGAAGCUGCGAGAAGAACUCUUAAAAGCUCUUUAUUGCAGCACAAUGCUUUAGGCUUAGUUCUCGUCUGUGUGGCCGUGUGGUCAGUGCGAGCUUACUGAG